AUGUUUGCCGUCCCCGGCUGGUCGAUCUCGACCUCUGAUCUGAAAUCGCAGCCAGAAGCAUUGGCAUCCAAAGAACAAGCUCCAGUACCUGACGCUGCAGACGCAUCGAAGCAGAGCGAACAAACGGAGAAGCCGGGCAAUUAUAAGAAGAGAAAGAGAGAGCAAGCCAGGAACAAUGGUGCCGUCACCAAAUCCAAUCUCGACGAGAUGUUUCGUCGUCACAUCGAGGGCCAUACCAAACCUCAAGAUGGCGGCAACAAGAAGAACAAAAAGAAGAAUAACAAGGACAAAAAUAACAAGGGGCAAAAGGAUGGAGGUGCCGAUGAUGUGACGGAUGUGGUCAAGAACAACCCUGACACCACCAGUGACGGUCCUGUCAAGGCUGAAGAAGAAAGCCGACCCGGCAAAAAACAAAAGAAGAACAAAGACAACAAGAAGAAACACGGAAAGGAAGAUAUCUCAGAACCUGUCCCAGCCGCUGAUGCGUCCGAGACCCUUGCUCCUCCUCCGCCUCCGCCUCCAGCCCCAGCUGCCGGCGCAAAGCUCACUCCGUUGCAGCAAAAGAUGCGCGAUAAGCUCAUGUCAGCUCGGUUCCGCCAUCUGAACGAGACGCUCUAUACGACACCUUCGAAACAAGCAUUUGAAAUGUUCACUGCGAACCCCGAGCUAUUCGCCGAAUACCAUGCUGGAUUCUCGAGACAAGUCAAGGAAUCAUGGCCCUCGAAUCCCGUGGAUGGCUAUAUCACGGCCAUUCAAAAACGCGGUGCCGUGUCCCCCAACUCGAACAAAAAAGGUCCACACAAAUCUGCCGGCGGACCGAAUCAGCUCGUGGCUCUUCCGCGGAGACCAAGUGGAGCUUGUACCAUUGCCGACAUGGGCUGUGGUGACGCCCAGCUCGCUCGUGCCCUGACCCCAUCUGCAAAGAAACUACAUUUGAAACUCCUCAGUUACGACCUCCAUGCUCCAGACCCACUGAUCACCAAGGCCGACGUUGCCAACCUGCCCCUAGCAGAUGGUACCGUUGACAUUGCCGUUUUCUGUCUCAGCCUGAUGGGCACAAACUGGGUUUCAUUCGUCGAAGAAGCAUAUCGUGUUCUCCGCGGUGACGGCAAAGGCGAAUGCUGGGUGAGCGAAGUCAAGAGCCGAUUCGGCCGCGUAAACCGCAAAAAGGCCCAGAUUGGACUGAAAAAGCCAGAGCUGAGCAACACGCAAAAGAAGAAAGGAAACAAGAAAAAGAAAGGCGGCAAAGGAGGAGACGAUGACGACGAGGGCUUUGAUGAAGAAGAUGACAUCUACGCUGAAGACGCCGCCAACAGCCAGAACCAGGCGAAUGGCUCCUCGGAUGAAACAGACACUUCUGCCUUUGUCGACAUUUUCAGAUCAAGAGGGUUUGUUCUCAAACAAGAAUCUGUGGAGAAGUCGAACAAGAUGUUCAUCAAAAUGGAGUUUGUCAAAGCUGGCGGUGCACCGACCAAGGGCAAAUAUGCCGGUAUCGCGCCAUCGGGAAAGCCGGCACCAGCACCGGCGCAGACGAAGAAGAGGUUUAUUGAUCAUGAUGUAGAUGCCAAGGGGUUGACGGCUGAAGAGGAGGCAAAGGUUUUGAAGCCGUGUGUUUAUAAAAUUAGGUAG